AUGGGUGAUAACAAUGAAGAAAUUGGAAAGAAUCCGAAGAUAGAUUCGCAGUCAGAAAAAUUCGAAAUUCUUGAAAAACUAAAUUCACAGGAACAAAAGUUCGAUGAAUUCGCAAAAAAGCUACAAUCCAUCGAAGAAUCAGUCUCGAAAAUUCCAAAAUUUGAUGACGACGAGAGAAAGACGAUGAUGAAGUUCGAAAAACAAUUGGAAUCAUUAGAAAAGACAAUGUUGUUGAAUGUGACAUUUACAGAAAAUAAUUCACUAGAACUUACCAAAUCAAAACAAGAAGGAGCUGAAAUCAGAGAAGAGAUUCGUGUUGAAACAUGUGUUCAAAAAUGUGACAAGUUUAGGAAAAGGCAGAUGGGGGGGGGGGGGGGGGGUAUCAGCGAAGAAGAAGAGCUUUUCAACGUGAAAUGCUCAAUCGAAAUUGUACGCCGAGAAAGCAGUCAUUUUGAAAUUUUUGCUUUUUGUAAGCCGGUUGCUCCGGUCGGAGAUGAAUGGUCAAUUGAGACGAUCGAGACAAAAUUAGAGUUCAGAGUGAUGGGUAAUGACGACAACAGUGUCAUCAAAACUAUGAAAUUCCGUUCUGAACCGAGACGCAAAUGGAUAAUUCUUGAUUUUCUGAAAUGGGAAGAAAUUAGAGACAAUUAUCUUAUCGAUGGUAAUUUGACUGUUGAAAUUGAAAUUGAGAUUCUAAAAAUGACUGGAUUUGAAAAAAAGAAGUUUCGAAAAUUCGAUGAAUCCCAAAAAGACGUUUCCGAUGUUCUUCUGGUAGUGCAAGACACCAAAUUCUAUGUCUCAAAAACGAAAAUGUCACAUUCAACAACAUUGUCUUUUCUAAUGAUUCCAAUUGUUUUUCGAAUUUCAUCAUCGUCUUUUUCUCGUCGUCAUCAAAUUUUGGAAUUUUCGAGACUGAUUCUUCGAUGGAUUGUAGCUUUUUUGCGAAUUCAUCGAACUUUUGUUCCUGUGAAUUUAGUUUUUCAAGAAUUUCGAAUUUUUCUGACUGCGAAUCUAUCUUCGGAUUCUUUCCAAUUUCUUCGUUGUUAUCACCCAUUUUCGCGUAAUUUUCUGGAAGUAACAACAAUUUAUAUACAACAAGUCACAUUAUAUUGA